AUGCUGCCUGGAACUGGCACCCCAGUCGGUGACGGGCUGUGGCUACAAGUUACUUGGGGACAGAAAGGCCGGGCUCAAAGGAAAUCCGCCCAGCAUCGCCGGGGCCGGCCGGCCAGGGGGUUCCGGAGGGGCCCGGUCCUCGGGGGAACGGCGCGCGCCCCCGCGAACUCCCACUCCGGCGGCGCGCACGGCGACCGCGCCGCGCCCCCGCCCUCACCUUCUCCUCCUCUUCCUCCUCCUCCUCCUCCCCGGCAGAGCUGUAGGCCUCACAGUGGUGACGCGGGCUCAUCCGGGGGCCUGUUACCGCCUCAUGAUCCUCGGCGCGCGGCGGCGGGGCGCGCGGGACCGGGCCGUCUGAGGAGGGAGAAGAGGGCAAACCGGGCCGGCGGGCGCGGGCACUCGGGCGGGACGCACGGCUGCGGCCGAAGGGUCACUCAGCGAACUAGUUCCAUGAUGACCCUGGGCCCGAGGCCGCCGCCGCCGCCGGUCCCGCUCCUCCGACCUCCGCCGCUGGUGCCCGGGUGAGGAGGGGGCGCCCUCUCGCCAUAGGGCGGCGGGGGCCGGGGAGAGGCACGGGGUGAGGCCGGCUCUGCCCCUGCCCGAGGGAAGAGCCUCCGAGGGGAAAUGGUGGAAGGGGGAAGGGGAAAAAAGAAAAGAAAAGGAAGGGGAAAGGGGGAGAAAAUAAGAAAAAGCGAGACAGAGGCGCUGGCGCGUCUGCUCGCGGGGGAAGGCUAGGGAGGGAGGAGCGAA